AUGGAUAUUGAAAAACCCAAAACCCAGAAACCGAACAGUUGGAAUUUCCUGGUUUCUUACCCGGACAGCGGUUUGGGGGACACGGAGAGUCUCAACGAAGCACGAAGUAACCAGGGCCGAGGCCGAGAAGGGAGGCGGUGUCAGCUCUGCCAGAAAACGUUUACUCCUUUGCGCGCGUCUGUAAGAGCGGACGUUUCCCGCCGGGCCGGGCCGGGCGCCUCCGAGCGGGGGGUGGCGGGCGCGGGGCUCGGCGGGGAGAGCCGGUGGCCGCGAGCGGGACGGGCGUCCCCGUUCGCCCGAGUGCGGAGCGCCCAGGUCUGCCCGUCCGGGCGGUGGGCGGCGCUCUAUUUCGGGGCCCUGAGGUCACGCGCCCCAGACACACUCGCCGCUCCCGCCCGGCCGCGGGGAGCGGGGUGCGGACGCGCCCACGCAGGGCUCGAAAUACCCGCCGCGGGGCGCCCCGGGAGACAGGAAGGCCGAGCCGGGCGGGCGGCGGGCGGGCGCUCGGCCAGGGGCGGGCGGGCGCAGGGGCGGCGCGCGGGGCGGCGCGGGGCGCUUAAAGGCGCGCGGGCGGCGGGCCGGGCCGAGCCGGCGGCGAUGGAGCGCGGCGGCCACGGCGGCGGGCGGCGGGAGGGCCGGGCGGCGAACGGGCGCGACGCGAGCCCGGGCCCGGCGGCCGGCGAGGCGCUCGCGGAGCCGCCGGCGGCCGCGUCCCUGCUGGCCCCGCUGGACUUCGGGGACGCGCCCGCCGAGAAGGCGGCGCGGACCCGCGCGGCCAAGGACCCCGACACCUACAAGGUGCUCUCGCUGGUAUUGUCAGUCUGCGUAUUAACAACAAUUCUUGGUUGUAUAUUUGGAUUAAAACCAAGCUGUGCUAAAGAAGUUAAAAGUUGCAAAGGCCGCUGUUUUGAGAGAACAUUUGGGAACUGCCGCUGUGAUGUUGCCUGUGUCACCCUUGGAAAUUGCUGUCUAGAUUACCAGGAAACAUGCAUAGAACCAGAGCACAUAUGGACUUGCAGCAAAUUCAGGUGUGGUGAGAAAAGAUUGACUAAAAGCCUCUGCUCCUGUUCGGAUGACUGCAAGGAGAAGGGCGACUGCUGUGUUAAUUACAGCUCUGUGUGUCAAGGUGAGAAAAGUUGGGUAGAAGAAAAAUGUGAGAUCAUUAAUGAGCCACAAUGUCCAGCAGGGUAUGAAAAACCUCCUACCCUCUUAUUUUCCUUGGAUGGCUUCAGGGCAGAAUAUUUACACACUUGGGGUGGACUUCUUCCUGUUAUUAGCAAAUUAAAAACCUGUGGAACAUAUACUAAAAAUAUGAGACCAGUGUAUCCAACAAAAACUUUCCCUAAUCACUACAGCAUUGUCACAGGACUUUAUCCAGAAUCCCAUGGCAUAAUUGACAAUAAAAUGUAUGAUCCCCAAAUGAAUGCUUCUUUUGCACUUAGAAGUAAAGAGAAAUUUAAUCCUGAGUGGUACAAAGGAGAACCAAUUUGGCUUACUGCAAAAUAUCAAGGCCUAAGGAGUGGAACAUUCUUUUGGCCAGGAUCAGAUGUGAAAAUUAAUGGAAUUCUCCCAGAUUACUAUAAAAUAUAUAAUGGUUCAAUACCAUUUGAAGAAAGAAUAUUAACAGUUCUUAAAUGGCUGCAGCUUCCCAAAGAUGAAAGACCACACUUUUACACUCUGUAUUUAGAAGAACCAGAUUCUUCAGGGCAUAUGUAUGGACCAGUCAGCAGUGAAGUCAUCAGAGCAUUGCAGAGAGUUGACAACAUGGUUGGUAUGUUGAUGGAUGGUCUAAAAGAGCUGAACUUGCAUAAAUGCCUGAACCUCAUCCUUAUUUCAGAUCAUGGCAUGGAACAAGGCAGUUGUAAAAAAUAUAUAUAUCUGAAUAAAUAUUUGGGAGAUGUUAAAAAUAUUAAAGUUGUCUAUGGACCUGCAGCUCGUUUGCGACCAUCUGAUGUCCCAGAUAAAUACUAUUCAUUUAAUUAUGAAAGCAUUGCCAGAAAUCUUUCUUGCCGGGAACCAAACCAGCAUUUCAAACCUUACUUGAAGUAUUUCUUACCUAAACGUUUGCACUUUGCCAAAAGUGAUAGAAUUGAACCUUUAACAUUCUACAUGGACCCUCAGUGGCAACUUGCAUUGAACCCUUCAGAAAGAAAAUAUUGUGGAGGAGGAUUUCAUGGCUCUGACAAUGGAUUUUCAAAUAUGCAAGCCCUCUUUAUUGGCUAUGGACCUGGAUUCAAGCAUGGCUUCGAAGUCGAUACCUUUGAGAAUAUUGAAGUUUAUAAUUUAAUGUGUGAUCUACUAAAUUUGAUACCAGCUGCUAAUAAUGGAAGUCACGGAAGUCUUAAUCACCUCCUGAAGACUCCUGUUCACAUCCCAGAGCUUCCGAGUGAAGCUCAGCCCUUGAUUCAGUGCCCCAUCACAGGAACUUCCCGAGAUAACCUUGGCUGCUCAUGCAAUCCCUCAAUUCUGCCGAGUAUGGAUUUUCAGAACCAGUUGAAUCUGUCUGUGACAGAAGAGAAGACCCUCAAGCAUGAUGUUUUACCCUAUGGAAGGCCUAGAGUUCUCCAGAAGAAUAUCAACAUCUGUCUUCUAUACCAGCACCAAUUUGUGAGUGCCUACAGCCAUGACAUCUUAAUGCCACUUUGGACAUCCUACACUGUUGACAGAAAUGACAGUUUCUCUACAGAACAUUUUUCCAACUGUUUUUACCAUGACCCUCGUAUUUCUCUUAUUCCUGUCCAUAAGUGUUCAUUUUAUAAAAGCAACACUAAGCUGAGUUAUGGGUUCCUCACUCCACCACAACUAAAUAAAGUAUCACAUCAAAUACAUUAUGAAGCAUUGCUUACUACUAAUAUAGUACCAAUGUACCAGAAUUUUCAAGUAAUAUGGCAAUACUUCCAUGGCACCCUACUGCAAAGGUACGCUCAGGAAAGAAAUGGCAUCAAUGUUGUUAGUGGUCCUGUGUUUGAUUUUGAUUUUGAUGGACGUUAUGAUGCUGCAGAGACCCUGAAACAAAACAGAAGACUUAUCCGUAGUCAAGAAAUUCUGAUUCCAACUCACUUCUUCAUUGUGCUCACAAGUUGUAAAAAUACAACCCAGAUUCCCUCAGAGUGUAGGAAUUUGGAUACCUUAUCUUUCAUUUUGCCUCACAGGACUGAUAACAUUGAGAGCUGUGUGCAUGGAAAGCAUGAAUCUUCCUGGGUUGAAGAAUUAUUGAGGUUACACAGAGCUCGGAUCACAGAUAUUGAGCUCAUCACUGGACUCAGCUUCUAUCAAGAAAGAGAAGAGACAACUUCAGAAAUUUUAAAAUUGAAAACGUACUUGCCAACCUUUAACCAGGAAGACUGAUACUUUUUGAAUUAGAGCAACAUACCAUAAAUCUUUUUGAAAAAACUUUCUGUUUUAUACAAUCCUCUAUUCAUACUCUUGCAUUGUUUGGAAACCAUCGACCAGAGUUGGGAAUCUUCUGUGAUCACUACCAUCUCAGGGAAACUUGUGGCCUCCACAUAUGAGUAGGAGAAUGUUUCUAGUGAGUCUUACACAUGUUUGUAUGUAUGAAUACUGAAUGCUUAUUCAAGCAUAUAGUAUAUAUAUAUGUAUAUAUAUAUGCUUUAAUAAUACAUGGAUUAUUCACGUUUAGGAAAUAAAGACAAACUGUAAUUAAAACUGCUCUUCUACUUCUCUUAAGGGCAGAAGUAGCUGUGAAUAUUGUCUGGAAACCAGAUAU